UUGGCGCGGGCUCGCCCUUUCGCCGCGCGGAGCAAGCAGCCCAGGCAGAGACGGGGCUCCGGUUUGGCUUUGCGGGACUUCGCCACGGGAGCCGGCCGGGAUGCUGGGUGGUCGGGCGCUGGCGGCGGUCGUCUGCGCCGCGGCAUUGCUGAGCGUGGCUCAGGCCUCCAGCCGACUGGACGAGGCCUCGUUCCCGGAGGACACAGAAUCGGAGAUUACGCACUGGUUCCGGAAGAGUUAUGAUAGCACUUUUGACGAUGAGGAUCUCAUGGCUGGUGGCCCCUCUGGAGAUGAGUAUGGCAGCGGAGAAAACGGCAGCGGGACCAUCUCGGUCGAGCCCCCGGCCAGCUCCAGCGAGUCUCUCCUCUCUACAGACCUCUCGUCUCCUCCUCCUCUUCUUCCUCCUCCUUCUCCUCUUCCUUCUCCUGCGGGGCCCCCUGCGCCUGCCAACCUGGCUGUCCCCGAGCCGGACGAUGAGUCUCCGCUCAUCUACUUCCGGGCCCUGGUGAACUUCACCCAUUCCAUCGAGUACAGCCCUCGCCUGGAAGAUGUCAACUCAGAGCCCUUCCAGGAGGUGUCCGAAGCGGUUGUGGAUACGCUGGAAUCUGAAUACCUCAAGAUCCCCGGUGAGCAGUCGGUCAGCGUGGUGUUUAUCAAGGAGAUCGAUGGCUACAGCUUUGUGGAGCUGGACGUCGGAUCCGAGGGGAACACGGACGAUGAGCAGAUCCGCGAGGUGCUUUUCUCCGUGGUGGGCAGCGGGUCCAUCGCCUCGUACCGCACCUCCCGGCGGGGUUUCCAGUUCCGGCGCCUGGGAGCAGUCUCCCCAGAGAUCCGGCCCUGCACAGCGGAGGAAUUCUCUUGCCUGAACGGGGAGUGCAUCGCCCGUGAAUUCUUCUGCGACAGGCGGCCGGAUUGCCGCGACAUGUCGGACGAGCUGGACUGCGAUGAGCCUGAGCCUCCCGAGUGCGGCCAGCAGGAGUUUGCCUGUGACAGUGGUGAAUGUGUGCCCCGAGUGUUGCGCUGUGACGGAAACCCCGACUGCGGAGACACUUCUGACGAGGAUGGCUGCGAACUCGAGAGACCUUUGGAGCCCGCCUCCUCCCCACGGCCCAGCACUGCCCGGAUCCCUACCACCACCUCCCCCAUCACCACCCGCCGGUCACCGGUCACCGUGCCUCCUCGGGUAGGCGUCUCCAAGCCUCAACUGGCCCCCGGAUUGCGCCCUUGCCGGAAAGACGAGGCCACGUGUUCCAACGGGCAAUGCAUCCGCCGAGAUUACCUUUGCGAUGGCGAGCGGGACUGCCCAGAUGGCAGCGACGAACAGAAGUGCGGCACUCCCUCGCCCUGCGAACCCAAUGAGUUCCGAUGCCGGAACGGGCACUGCGCCCUCACGCUCUGGCGCUGCGACGGGGACAAUGACUGCGCCGACGGCUCUGAUGAGCUGGACUGCCCCACCAAGGGCCCCGGAGACACCUGUGGCCCCGACCAAUUUGUCUGCCUCUCCAGCCACACCUGCAUCCCAGCCAGCUACCAGUGCGACGAUGAGGCCGACUGCCAGGACCGCUCAGACGAGAUCGGCUGCAUCCCUCCACAGGUCAUCACUCCCCCAGAGGAGUUUAUCCAGGCCGCCCCAGGGGACACCGUUCGCUUCACCUGUGUGGCCGUGGGCGUGCCGACCCCUCUCAUCUCCUGGAGGCUCAACUGGGGCCAUAUCCCCACCAGCCGCAGAGUGAGCUUCACCAGCGAGAACGGCCGGGGGACGCUAGUCAUCCAAGAUGUCAAGGAGGCGGACCAAGGGGCUUACACCUGCGAGGCCAUCAAUGCCCGGGGAAUGGUUUUCGGCAUCCCGGAUGGAGUGUUGAGCCUCACGCCUGGUCAAGGACUGUGCCCCGAGAGGCACUUCCACGUUGAAGGGACUGGUCAGUGCUUGCCCUGUUUCUGCUUCGGGGUUGCCAAAUCGUGUCGCAACACCGGACGGUACCGUCAACAAAUCCACCUCCGAUUCGACGAACACAACAAUUUCAAAGGGGUGAAUGUGACUACACUCGAUCAGCCCGGCACGCCUCCCCUCGCCUCGACGCAGAUGCACAUCGACCGCAGCUCGGAAGAGUUCCAGCUGGUCGACCUCUCUCGGCGCUUCCUGGGGCAUGACUCCUUUUGGACCCUCCCCAAACAGUUCCUGGGGAACAAGGUGGAUUCCUACGGAGGCUCCCUCCAGUACACGGUGCGCUACCACCUGGGUCGAGGACAGUCAGAGCCCGUCCGGAAGCCGGACGUGGUCCUUGUGGGCAACGGGCAGAAGCUGCUUUACCGGCUGCAGGCGCCUCCCGAGCCCUUUGUGACCAACCGACGCCAGGUCCAUUUCACAGAGGGGAGCUGGCAGAAGGAAUCUGGAGAGCCCGUGACCCGAGAGGAGCUGCUCCUCGCCUUGCAGAACCUGGAGGCCCUCAUGAUCCAGACGGUGUACGAUAAUCGGAUGGCCACGGUGGGACUGAGCAACGUCGUCAUGGACACCACCACCACGGAGGUUACCGGCCUGGGUGUGGCGCAUCACGUGGAGGAGUGCAGGUGCCCUGUGGGCUACUCUGGCCUUUCCUGCGAGCAGUGCGAGCCUCACUUCAAGAGAGUGUCCGGCGGUCCCUACCUGGGCAUCUGUUCCGGCUGCAGCUGCCACGGCCACUCCACCUCCUGCGACCCCUUCUCUGGUUACUGCCUGAACUGCCAGCACAACACGGAAGGACCACGAUGCGACAAAUGCAAGCUGGGCUUCUUUGGCGAUGCCACCCAGGCCACCCCGGCAGCCUGUCGGCCUUGCCCUUGCCCGUACACCGAGGCGCCGCGCAGGUUUUCCAACUCCUGCUUCUUGGAUACGGACAGACAAGCGACCUGCGAUGCCUGCUUCCCGGGCUACACAGGACGCCGCUGCGAAAGGUGUGCUCCUGGCUACAAAGGCAACCCCAUCCAACCAGGCGGGAAGUGCGUGCCUAUUGGAGGAGACAUCGAUAUUCCAGCGGAGGAGGUCGCCUGCGACGAGCGAGGGGGCAGGAAGGCCUCGAAUGGGGGCUGCCGCUGCAAGCCCAACGUCCAGGGGCCAUCCUGCAAUGAGUGCGCCACGGGCAGCUUCCACUUGAGCCACGGGAACCCCGAGGGUUGCCUCCGCUGCUUCUGCAUGGGGGUCUCACGCCAGUGCGCCAGCUCCUCUUGGAACAGAGAUCAGGUGCAUCUGGUUCACGAGGAUGCCCAGAGAGGGCAGUUCAGCCUCGCCAAUUCCGCCAACACCCGGACUGUCAGCGAGGGGAUCCGUUUUACGGAGGGCUCGGAGCUCACCUUCUCUUCCUUCCACAUUCUACCACGGGACGUCUACUACUGGGUGCUGCCUGAGCGCUUCAGGGGAGAUAAGGUGACCUCGUACGGAGGAGAACUGCGCUACACCAUCAGCCACGAUGCCUUCCCUGGCUCCCCUCUGCUGCGCGGCCGGGCCGACGUUCUGAUCCAGGGAAACGGCAUUUUCCUGGAACACGUGGCUGCAAGCACCCCUAUGCCUGGGGAGCCGACCACCUUCGUGGUGCCCUUCCGGGAGCAAGCCUGGCGCCGUGCCGAUGGGCAGAACGCCACCCGGCAGCACCUCCUGAUGGCAUUGGCUGACAUAGAUGUUUUCAUGAUCCGGGCCUCCUACGCCGAGCGACCUUCCGAGACCAGGAUCUCUGCCAUCCACAUGGAUGUAGCGGUACCACACACCACAGGCCUGAGCCCAGCCCCAGAGGUUGAGGAGUGCAUUUGCCCGCCCGGCUACCGAGGGCCGUCCUGCCAAGAUUGUGACGUUGGGUACACCCGCAGCACCAGCGGCCUCUACCUGGGCACCUGCGAGCCAUGCAGUUGCAACAGGCAUGCAACCGAGUGCGACGUGGAGACGGGAGAAUGCCAGGGCUGCCAGCACCACACGGAAGGGUUCCACUGUGAACGCUGCCGGGCUGGAUUCUACGGAGAUGCCCAACACGGGACGCCCAGAGACUGCCAGCCGUGCCCCUGCCACGGACCGUCCUCAGCCAUCCAAGAAUCCGGGACCUGCUUUGUGGACGCCGACGGAGAGCCAACCUGCGACUCCUGUGCCCCCGGUUACAUCGGGCGCCAGUGUGAAAGGUGCGCUCCAGGCUACAUUGGGAACCCUAGCCAGGGUCAGCCCUGCACAGAUUCCAGCUCCGGAUGCCGUUGCAACCCACAUGGCAGCAUCAGCAGCCGCUGUGAUGCCAGCAGGCAAUGCCAGUGUAAGGACCACGUGGAGGGCCUCUCCUGCGACAGCUGCCGGCCUCAUCACUUCCAUCUGAGUGCGGAGAACCCCCUCGGCUGCCUGCCCUGUUUCUGCAUGGGGGUCACCCAGCUAUGCACCAGCUCAUCCUACUACCGGGACGUGGUCAGCACCUCCUUCCAUCCCGGCGACUUCCAGGGCUUCGCGCUGGUCAACCGGCAGCGCAGCGUCCGCCUCCCGGCUGGCUUUACAGUGGAGAUGUCGCCCGAGGGCCCUCAGCUCUCCUACGACCAAUUUGAGGAGCUGAGCCAGGAGUCUUAUUACUGGCAGCUACCAGACGCCUACCUGGGAGACAAGGUGGGCUCCUAUGGGGGACGCCUCCGCUACACCCUAUCCUACUCGGCCGGAGGGAGAGGUACCCCGCUGCCCGAUGCGGAUGUGCAGAUUACCGGCAACGACAUCACCCUAGUGGCCUAUCUGUCCGAGCUGCGGCCUCACGAGCACAAAGCUUUCGAGGUGAUCUUCCGGGAGCAAUUCUGGAAGCGACCAGAUGGGCAACCUGCCACGCGGGAACACCUGCUGAUGGCCCUGGCCGACCUGGACGAGAUCCUCAUCCGGGCCACCCACUCCACGGACAUGCUUUCGGCGGGCAUCACCGGCGUCAGCAUGGAGACCGCAGUGCCCACCUACACCAGCCUGCCCCGGGCUUUGGAAGUGGAGGCAUGCCGCUGCCCUCCCGGAUACCAGGGCCUUUCUUGCCAGGACUGCGCGACUGGCUACACCCGGACCGGCGGAGGGCUGUAUCUGGGGCACUGCACACUGUGUGAAUGCAACGGGCACUCGGAGUCCUGCCACCCUGAGACGGGCACUUGCUCGCACUGCCUACACCACGCGGCUGGGGAGUUCUGUGAACAUUGCGCCCCUGGCUACUACGGAGAUGCCACCGCCGGGACUCCUGAGGACUGCCAGCCGUGCGCUUGCCCAUUGCCGGAUCCUGAGAACCAAUUCUCGCAGACUUGCGAGAGCCUGGAGGGCGGCGGCUAUCGCUGCACCGCCUGCGAACCUGGUUACACUGGCCAGUAUUGCGAACAAUGUGCCUCUGGAUAUACGGGCAACCCCAACAUUCGUGGGCAGAAAUGUCUUCCUUCGGGACCCCCCGACCAGCCCCGCCUGAUCGUCCAAGUCCAUCCCGCCCGGACAGCUGUGUCCCAGGGCAGCGAAGUGUCGCUGCGUUGCCAGGUCAGUGGGGAGCCGCCCCAUUUCUUCUACUGGUCGCGGGAAGACGGACGCCCUGUGCCAAGUACUGCCCAGCGCAGAGAGCAAGGCAUCGAGCUGCACUUUGCUAGCAUCCGGCCCUCAGAGGCCGGCGUCUAUGUCUGCACCUGCCGAAACCCCCAUUUCACCAACUCCAGCCGCAGCGAGGUGGUCGUCACAGAAGGCCCCAGCAAGGCUAUCUCCGUGACGGUGGAAGAGCAGAAGGUGCAGAACGUGAAACCGGGCAGUGACGUCACCUUCCUCUGCACAGCCAGGAGCAAGUCUCCCGCUUACACGCUGGUGUGGACGCGGCAGAACAACGGGAAGCUGCCCAGCCGCGCCAUGGACUUCAACGGUAUCCUGACCAUCCGGAACGUGCAGCCUGAGGACGCCGGCAUCUACAUCUGCACCGGCUCCAACAUGUUUGACAUGGACGAGGGGACGGCCACCCUCUAUGUGCAAGCUCCAUCGAAGACCCAGAUGUUCUAUGGUCCCGUAGAAAUGGUGGAAGGCCACAGACCUUCUGCCGCUGCUGUCCAGCCCACAGCCACCAUUGAACCCUCGCAGCUGAGCGUCCAGCCAGGUCAACCAGCUGAGUUUCGCUGCAUCGUGACCGGAAGCCCAGAGCCGACCGUGGAGUGGAUCGGAGGACCCGGGGGUGUCAUCUCCCCCAAGGCCGUUAUCCAGGGCGGGAUCCUGCGCUUCACUGCAGUUGAGCCUGCCGACGAGUCCCAGUACCUGUGCCGAGUUCAAAACAGCGUUGGGCAGCACAUGGCCCGAGCUUUCCUGCAAGUGCAAAGUACCAGCGUCCCCCAAGUGCAAGUGAGCCCCGAACGGACAGAGGUGCAGGAAGGCAGCACCGUCAGACUGUACUGCCGGGCUGCGGGCUCCCCAGCGGCCACCAUCACCUGGGAGAAAGAGGACGGCAGCUUGCCUCCACAGUCCCACUCCGAGAGAACCGACAUCUCCACCCUGGUGAUACCGUCCAUCACGAUUGCCGACAGAGGGGUGUACAUGUGCGUGGGAAGCAGCCCGACGGGAGUCGGCAGAGCCCGCAUUGAAGUGGUUUCAGCAUCUGGCACCUCACCGAUCGUCAAGAUUGAACCUUCGUCCUCUUCAGUCACCGAAGGCCAGUCCUUGGAUUUGAACUGCGUGGUGGCCGGUCACCCUACAGCGUCCGUCACGUGGUACCGGCGGGGAGGGGCCCUGCCAGCCAACCACCAGAUCUAUGGGUCCCUACUGCGGAUCUUGGAGGUCUCGGCCGCUGACUCCGGGGAAUACGUCUGCCGAGUCAGCAACGGAGCUGGCCCGAAGGAAGCCUCCAUCAAGGUGACCAUCCAGCAGAGCCACACUUCCUCCCAAGGGCCGUCGCCAGUCCACAUCGACUCUGCCUCCUCUUCCAUCACCGAGGGUCAGUCCUUGGACCUCGCCUGCCAGGUCACUGGUCUCUCGCAGCCCAGAGUCACUUGGUACAAGCGGGAAGGGGCCCUGCCGACUAAUCGCAAGAUUUCCGGCCUCCAUUUGAGGAUUCUCAAAGCCACAGCAGCGGACUCGGGCGAAUACGUGUGUCGGGUGACUGACGGUGACAGUGGUGUCGUUCGAGAGGCCUCCAAAGUAAUCACCGUGCACAGAAGUUCCGAAACCUCGGGAGUUAUGCCUCCACUCUGGAUCGAGCCUUCGUCAUCCUCCCUUGUCCCAGGACAAGCCUUGGACUUGAACUGUGUUGUGGCCGGCCAAACCAGCGCCACCGUCACGUGGUACAAACGAGGCGGAUCUUUGCCAGCCGGCCACCAGGUCUCUGGUUCCCACCUGCGCAUCCCCCGGAUCUCCCCGGCUGACCUGGGAGAAUACGUCUGCCGCGUCAACCUGGAUUCCCUCACCCGAGAAGCUUCCAUCCUCAUCUCCAUAACCCGCUCCUCCUCCACUUUUGGCGUGGCUCCCCCAGUGAGGAUCGAGGCCUCCUCAUCCAUCAUAGCGGAAGGGCAAACACUGGAAUUGGACUGCGUGGUUGCUCGUCCGGAGCAGACUAUGGUUACCUGGUACAGACGGGGUGAAGCCCUGCCACCCCACCACCAGGCCUUGGGAACUCGCCUGCGUCUGGUCAACAUCUCUCCAGCCGACUCCGGAGAGUACGUUUGCCGAGUCAGCUCCGAUGCCGCCAGCCAGGAAGUCUCCGUCUUGGUCACUGUCCAGCAGCAGGAGAGCAGCCCCAAUUUCCCCGCCGGGGUGAUCCCACCUGUACGGAUCGAGUCUUCUUCCACCUCGCCCUCCGAGGGCCACACCUUAGACCUGAAAUGCAUCGUGGCUGCCUCUGUGCCGCAGGCGAAAGUCACCUGGUAUAAGCGAGGAGGGGCUCUUCCUGCCAGCCACCAGGUCUCCGGCUUCCUCCUGCGCAUCCCACAGGCUUCACCAACUGACUCUGGGGAAUACGUCUGCCGCGUCAGCCACGGCUCAGCCAUUCAUGAGGCCUCACUAGUGGUGACCAUCAAGGGCGAAAUGGGGUCCUACUCUGUGGGCGUCACUCCCCCAAUCAGGAUUGAAACCUCCUCCGCAGUCAUCUCCGAGGGGCAGACCUUGGACCUGAACUGCCUGGUGGCCGGUCAGUCCCAAGCCAGGGUGAUGUGGUACAAGCGCGAGGGCGCCCUGCCCGUCCACAGUCAGAUUUUCGGAACCCGCCUCCGGAUUUCACAAGUUUCGGCAGCUGAUUCGGGCGAGUACGUCUGCUACGCGAACGAUGGCACCAGCCGACUGGAGACGUCCAUCAUCGUGUCCAUUCCCAGCAGCUCAGGCGGCUCACCCACUUCUGGGGUGAUCUCGCCGGUACGGAUCGAAUCGUCCUCCUCUUCCCUCGCUGAGGGGCAGACCUUGGAACUGAACUGCCUCGUGUCUGGCCAGGCUAACCCCAAAGUCAGCUGGUUCAAGAGAGGAGGACCCCUCCCACCCAACCACCAGGUCUCGGGCACUCGCCUCCGCAUCCCGCAGGUCUCCUCCGCCCACUCCGGCGAGUACGUCUGCCGUGUCAGCAGCCCCAAUGCCAUCCAGGAGGCGGUGUUGGUGGUCACCAUCCAGGACAGUGAGGGCCCCUCCCACCCCGCAGGGGCUGCCCCAGCCCUGAGGAUUGAGGCUUCCUCCUCUUCCGCCAUUGAAGGAGAGACCCUGGAUCUGUCAUGCGUUGCUCCAGGCCAGCCCCAGGCCACGUUCACCUGGUAUCGGCGAGAGGGUCAGCUGCCUGCGGGUCACCAGAUCUCCAACGCCCACCUGCGACUGGUCCGACUCACCCCCACCGACUCUGGCGAAUACGUCUGCCGUGUGAGUGGAGUCAGCGUCCCGCAAGAGGCGUCCUUCAUGGUCUCUGUCAUGGCCGACACCAGUCCUGCUUCCCGUCUGCAGAGUCCCAUCAUCUCCAUAGAGCCCCACAGCGUGGUUGUGCGCGGAGGGGAAGAGGUCUCCUUCAGGUGCCACGUCCACAAAGGCACCCCGCCUCUCGAGAUCACCUGGAAGCUUCCCAACAACCAGCUGCUAGAUAAUGUGAGGAUCAGCCCUAACGGCUCUGCGAUCACCAUUUCCAACGCCCGUCCGGAAAACCACGGGGCCUACCGGUGUGUGGUCUCCAACCAGUUUGGGAUUGCCAACAGCCUAGUCAACGUCCUGGUCCAAGGACUGCCUACCGUCUCGGUGGUGCCGAAGGGGCCCCUGCAGCUCAAAGUGGGCAAAUCCAUCAGCGUGGACUGCCUGGCAGAGGGGGAUCCCCGUGCUGUGGUGCGCUGGACCAAGCUGGGAGCCUGGAAGAAGCUGGAGAACCAGAGGAUGCUCCCCUUGGAAAGCAGAGCGGUGCUGCAGAUCUCCUCCGCAAAGCUGGGAGAUGCCGGCACCUAUGUUUGCGUGGCCCAGAACUCCGUGGGCACCGCAGAGGUGCAGGUGGAUGUGAGUGUAGAGGCGGUGCAUGGCAGCAGAGGAGUCCCCGAAAUCCAUGUGACUCCGACCCAGACUGUGGAGGCGGGACAGACGGCUCGGCUCCAUUGCUCUGCUACAGGUGACCCGACUCCCACCAUCCAGUGGUCCAAGCUGCGGGCUCCCUUGCCAUGGCAGCAUCAGGUAGUGAACGACACCCUCAUCAUCCCUCGGGCUGCCCAGCAGGACUCGGGCCAAUACAUCUGCAACGCCAGCAACUCUGCCGGGUUCACCGAAGCCUUUGUGGUGUUGGACGUCGAGAUACCACCCUACGCCACCAGUCUUCCCAACCGAGCAACGGUGCACGAGGGUGACGCAGUGCAGCUGCAGUGCCUGGCCCACGGCACGCCCCCCCUGCGUUACCAGUGGACCAAGGUGAACGGUAGUCUCCCCAGACGGGCCACGGUGCGAGAGGGUGUCUUGCAGUUCAGCCCCGCCGGGCACCGGGAUUCAGGCACCUACCGCUGUCACGUCAGCAACCGGGUGGGCUCCGCUGAGGCUUUGGCCCAGGUCUACGUGCAAGGCCAUGCUGGAGGACCCCUCUCUGUUCGGGUCACCCCUCAAAGCGACACCAAAGCUGUGGGUGCCACAGCAGAGUUCACGUGCUCCAUUUCCGGGGAUCCCGGGGCGCAGAUCGAGUGGCUCAAAGAGGGUGGAGAGCUGCCUCCCACUCAUACCAUCCACAACGGAGUGCUGCGGAUCGAGAAGCUGGACCUGGAGUGCCAGGGGGUGUAUGUGUGUCGGGCCAGGAGUCCCACCGGCCAGGCCCAGGAGAGGGUCAGCCUGACUGUCCGGGCCCUUCCCAAAGUGAUGAUCAACAUCCGGACGUCGGUGCAGACCGUCCUGGCAGGAAACGCCGUGGAGUUUGAGUGCCUGGCCUUUGGGGACCCCAAGCCGGACCUCACAUGGAGCAAAGUAGGCGGGCAGCUGCGCCCAGGAGUGCUGGCCAGAGGAGGCCUGGUGAAGAUCGAGCGGGUGGAGCAGGCCGACGCGGGAAAGUACCGCUGCACGGCCACCAACGACGUCGGCACCGUCCAGUCCCACGUCAUCCUGCACGUCCAGUCCGUCCCGCAAGUGGCCGCCCAGCCAGAAGUGAAGGAGGUUUCCGCGGGCUCCACUGUGGUUUUCCCUUGCUCGGCCUCUGGGUUCCCUGUCCCGGAAAUCAAGUGGACCAAGCUGGAAGGGGAGCUGCCCCGGCAUGCCCAACUGGAGGGCCACAGCCUGACUAUCCCCUCAGCUCGCCCGGAAGACACAGGCGUCUACGUGUGCACGGCAUCCAACCGGCAAGGGAAGGGGACAGCCUUCUCUAUGCUCAAAGUCCGAGAGCGAGUGGUGCCCUACUUUACCCAGAAUCCUCAGUCUUACCUGGUCCUGCCAACCAUGAAGGAUGCCUACCGGGUCUUCGCCCUCGAGAUCACCUUCCGUCCCGACACCCCGGAUGGGAUGUUGGUGUACAACGGGCAGAAGAAGAACACGGGCAGCGAUUUCGUCUCUUUUGGGCUGGUGGGGGGCCGCCCAGAACUCAGGUUCGAUGCCGGUUCCGGCAUGGCCACCAUCCGGCACCCUUCAAUCCUCAACCUGGGUGAGUUCCACACCGUCCGUCUCUAUCGCAACCUGACUCAGGGAUCUCUGGUGGUGGACGGCCAGCCCCCCGUGAACGGCAGCUCCCAGGGCAGGUUUCAAGGCCUGGAUCUCAAUGAGGAGCUCUAUCUGGGCGGGUACCCCAAUUAUGCAGCCAUCGCAAAAACCGGUCUCAGCACUGGAUUUGUAGGAUGCGUGCGCCAGCUGAUCAUCCAAGGCAAAGAGGUGAUCUUCAAGGAUUUUGACCUGCAAGCCCACGGAGUUUCCAACUGCCCCACCUGCCAAGACCGACCGUGUCAGAAUGGAGGGGUCUGCAGAGACUCAGAAAGCAGCAGUUACGUAUGUGAGUGUCCCCAGGGGUUCGCUGGGAGCAACUGCGAGCAUCCUCAGGCCCUGCGCUGCCAUCCAGAGGCCUGUGGGCCCGACGCCACCUGCGUGAACCAAGCCUCCGGGGAGGGCUACACCUGCCGUUGCCUCUUGGGCCGACACGGGAAGAAGUGCAUGGCGGGCCUCACAGUGACCACCCCCCUCUUCCUGGGUGGGGACGCUUUCAUCUCCUACCCGACCCUCACCAGAAACCCCUACGAGCUGCGGCUGGAGAUAGAGGUCAAGCCGCUCUCCCCCAAUGGCCUCGUCCUGUUCAACGGGGGCGAAGGGACUCCCGUGGCCGACUUCGUCUCGCUCAACAUGGCCAACGGGCACUUGGAGUUCCGCUACGAGCUGGGCUCAGGUACCGCUGUGCUCCGGAGCCACAAGCCCCUGGCCCUGGGGCAGUGGCACAAGGUGGCGGCCGAGCGCCUGAACAAAGAUGGCACUCUGCAGGUGGACGAGGAGCGGCCCGUCAAGAGGUCGUCCCCCGGGAAGAGCCAGGGCCUCAACCUGCGCACUUCUCUCUACCUUGGAGGGGUGGAGGACUCAAUCAAGCUCCCAGCAGCCGCCAACAUCUCCAGCCACUUCCAUGGGUGCAUCGGAGAGGUUUUGGUCAACGGGAAGAAGGUGGACAUUUCCUACAGCUUCCUGGAGAGUCGUGGCAUCUCGCAGUGCGCCGACAGCUCCCCUUGCGACCGCAGGCCUUGCCAGCACGGCGGCCAGUGCUUGCUCACAGGGGAGUACGAAUUCCAGUGCCUGUGUCCGGACGGCUUCACGGGGGAACGCUGUGAGGUGCCCGAGGCCCACUGCCAGCUCCAUCAUCCCUGCCUUAAUGGGGGCAUCUGCAAGGGCACCACCUGUCUCUGCCGCCAGGGCUUCUCGGGGCUGUACUGUGAACACGACGAACUGCAGCACCAGCUGAAAGCUGAAUGGCCAGAAGGCAGCGGAGGAAACGACGCUCCUGGACAGUACGGGGCCUAUUUCUGCAAUGGUGGCUACGUGGCGCUGCCGAGACAUGCUUUCCCCAGGAGUCUUCCUGAAACACCAGAAACCAUUGAGUUGGAAGUGCGCACUACCUCUGCAAACGGGCUGCUCUUCUGGCAAGGGGUGACCACGGGAGAACCGGGUCCCCCGCAGCUUGUUGCUAUCCAGGAGGAAGGGGAACCAGGCAAAGGGAAGGACUUCAUUAGCCUCGGGCUGAAGGACGGGCACCUGCUGUUCAGUUUCCAACUGGGAAGUGGAGAGGCCAACAUCUGCUCUGAGGACCCUGUGGACGAUGGAGAGUGGCAUCGAGUGACAGCUGUCCGGGAAGGGAAAAGAGGCUCCCUUCAGGUGGACGGAGAGGAGCCGGUGACCGGAGAAUCUUCUGGCAGGAACGUCAUGGUCAACACCAAAGGCCGGAUCUAUAUAGGAGGUGCCCCCGACAUCCAGACGCUCACAGCUGGGAAAUACGCCUCGGGAAUCACAGGCUGCCUCAAAAACGUAGUUCUGGUCAACGCCCGGCCAGGCCAAGAGCCCCGGCAGCCGGUAGACCUGCAACAUCAAGCGGAAAUGGCUCUGAACAUUCAGGAGUGCCCCUCAUAGGGGAGGAGGGCCCCACCACCACCUUCAACCCUCCUGCUCUUCGUUGCCAUCGCCGAGCCAAAGGAGAGACAUCUACGCUGAUUAUCAUUAUUUUAUUAUUAUUAUUAUUAUUACAAAUUUUUUUAAAAGGAAGAAACACACAAAAGGUGCUUUUUGCUGCUGCCAAAAAGGGGAAAGUGGGGAGGGAGUUGGCUCACGGCGUCCUUGGCCUGGGCUGGCAAGAAAGGAGCCCUACUUGGGGCUUCUCAAAGGACCAGGGAGCCAUGCCACGUUGCCGCCAGACGCUGCAGAAAGGAGGCCAGAAACAGGUCGGCUUCCCAGAGUUCAGCAAGCAAGCCGGGCGCCCAGACGGCUGCUCUGCUGGGCCGGCUGGCUGUGACUGACCAAAGAUCCUGCCCUUGCCCUCCCUGGGGCAGCGAGAGGAUCCCAGGAAGGUGGUCUCGGCACAUCCCCCGUGCCCAGCAAAUGCCAUGUAGGAGACGGAUCCUUCUGAAGUCCCGUCUCAUUGCCCUGCACAGCCGCAGUGCUUCUGAGAGGUGCCCUCUCCCCCAUUUCGCCAGCUGCCUUAACCCCUGGAUCAUGCCUAGGAGUCCUGGGGUCUCGCCCCGUGGAAGGGGCAACCCUGCUGCACCCUGGGAGGUGUCUUUCCCAUCGCCUUUGGGUUGCUUCAGUGCCUUAUUGGAGGGGGGGAGUUGUCUCCUAAUGGAAGCACAUGCUAUCUCUCAGCCCAAUCUCCUCUCACCCACCCUCCGUUGCCUGCUUUGAGUGUUAUUUCUCACAGCAAAACCUCUGGAAAUGAGGCUGCUUCUUGGGGGGCGGAGAGCAGAGAGGCCCCAAUUGCCAGAAAGUCCUGCCCCUGUUAUGGAUCGGAACCAGAAGGGGUUCUUUUUACCGCUUUCCAAGAAGAAAAGGAGCUUUGCCUAACUAGCCAGGUCCAAAGAAACUUCCAUUGCUCAGACAGUUUGCUGACCGCUGGCAUUGCUGGCCACCAGCAUCCUUGUCCUCUCCGGCCAGCCGUCCCCCAUGCACUGGGGCCGGCAAAAACAGCUUUUUGCCUUGGGGAUGCCUGGUUCUACUUCAGCCGGGGCGCCCCACAGUUCUCAUGUGGGUCUGGCUGCCCUGGGCAUUUUGGGGCAGCCCCCGUGUCCAGGAUCGGAGCAGCCAGCCUGGAGACUCUCUCCCUCUGCUUCUCCCACCCUCCUUCCCUUGACUGUUCUUGUACUUCUUUUUCUUAAUAAAUGGUGCUGAAACCCCACAAUCGUAGAAA